UUCAAAACGUCCUUUUUUGAGAAAAAAUUUAGUUAAUAUCAGAAUAAAUGCUGAAUUAUUUUGCAUAAUAAUUUGUUAAAACCGCGUGAACCAAUAGGAAUCGGUCUUAUCAACACGAUCCACGGCGAUACACCAAUACGGGAGCUGGAUAGAUAUUGCACGUAAUACUUCAGCAACGAAGUUGCAUUCGUGUAAUUACACCGCGCCAUAUUUCUGUUCCGCGCGCUUUGCUACGGAAAAUGUCUGCUGGUUACGAGUACCUUUUCAGUUUGUACGGCUGGGAGUAGCGCGCGAGUGACUUAAUACACUCUAGUACACUCCAGUGCUUGUGUGAGCGUCAAGAUAUAUCAUAUAUCAUAUCGUGUAUUGUUGUGAUUGUUUCCUGCGCAACUUGAGCCGCGUGAAGAAACGAGUGGAAAGGUUAUUGGUGGUAACAUCGCGCUCGCGAUGUGCACGGACCCGCCACGAUCCGCUUGUCGCGUACUUCAAAUCAUCGUAAGGCUGUAUUGUACGGCCUAAGCGAGAUUUCGCUUGCUUUGCCUACGGUGUGAUCACUUCCCCUUCAGCACCAUGUCGGCGAAACAAAAUCUAACGAAUAGAACAAAUAUGACCGAACGCUGUCGAAUUUGCCUGGCCGAUAACGGCUGCAUGAUCAGCUUGCGGAACGAACGUGUUGAAAGCAAGCUCAAGGAUCUGGUGAAGUGUACUUUUGUCGAUAUUAAGCAUGAGGAGAACUUACCUGCUUUUGUAUGUCAUGUAUGCCUCUACAAGCUGAAUAUGUGGAGCGAGUUCAAGGAACGAUUUAUACAGUCCAAUAAGAUUCUUCUAGGGCAGUUACAAGUAUCAGCAGUUUCUGAUACCGAUAAUAAGAACUCUUCUAAAAGUGUAAGAAAUGCGGAUGGAGGCAUAAAAAGAAAACGUGUAAGUGAGAAUACUGAGAACAUUGUUUCUGAUCACAAUGAUAAGAAAACUAAGACAGAAGCAACUUCUUUAGCCAAUGAACAGGAGACAGACCAAAAUACAGUAAAUACUAUAUGUAUAUCAGACGAUGAAAGUGAAGCAGCUCUGCCCAAGAAUUCUGACCAGGCGCUCAAUGCUUCCGAGGAUAAUAAUAAGCCGAAGGAAGAAAAUGAUGAAGUAAUAGAGAGUAAGUCAUCUGUAGGAUCGGCAAAAAAUAGAUUGCUACCUGGGAAACGCGGUAGAGCUAUCGAAAGAAGAAAGGCAUCUACGAAACGUUGGGUAGAGAGAAAGAAGGCGCUCUUGGCAGCGACCGGGGAGGCUGUUUCUGACACGGAUUCAAUAGCUUCGGAUGAUGCGCAAAUGUCGCCGGUGCAGAAAGCUCGUGCGAAGACCAAUGCGGAUAAGGAGGCAGAACGACAAAAGAGAAUCGCAAAAGUCUUGAAGAAUCUAGAAACGAAUCUCUCGGAAAAAUAUACCGCGAUUCACGGUGAUAAUAUCGUUGGAGACAACACGGAUUCUGAAACGCGUAGAAGGCGAACGACUAAGGAACCGCACUCAAACAUCGCGCGGGAGAAGAAUUCGUCCGACAAGCAGGCCAACAUCAUAAGAACCAGAUCAUCGUCUCAAGAGCACUCGAUGGAAAAGGAGAACACUCCAGUCUCGUCAGCGACGAACAUAGAAGAGCGCGCGAAGAAAUCGGAGUCGCGAGCUGAUGAGAAAUUUACACCGCGCAUGAUAAAAUCCGAGCUAACGGUUGGUAAUGACAGGUACGUCGUGACGUCGAUGCUGGUUCGCACGGGCACGUCGCGUUUGAAUAAAGAAGCCAUAAAUAACGUAACUAAGGAUAACAAGAGCUCCAACAUUGACGAGAACAAUCAAGAGACGAACACUGACAUCAUCGAAGCGGUCCAGCUGCGCAGAAUUCAUCCUGUGCCGUCUAAUUUGAACAGCAAGAAAUUUGAAAGAUGCUUAAAUGUCGAUGUGGAGACCACGGAAUUGGAUUCGCUGAAGCGCGUGCAAGUCGAGCUGGCGAAUUUCGUCGAAAAUGAAAUGAAGCAAAAGCUGUUAGGCAUAAAAGACGGUAAGAUCAACCGAUUUGAUAACUCCUACGGGAAAGCCUAUCGCAAACUCGACCAGCAAUUGAAGGGUAUAGUAGGGAAGACUAUAAUAAGUAAUAUCGAGGCCUCUUUCAUCAGAGACACAUCUGUGCCUAUUAAAGAAUGCGACAAUGAGUCAUCUACAACGAUUUCACGGGAAUUUGUUGAGGUGGCUAAAAAUUCGUCCAAAUAUCAGCCGAUAGUCAUCGUCGAGCGUCUAGAUAUCAAAAAAGCGAUGAAACUGUGGAAAAUCAACAACGCUGACAUUUUUAACCAAAUCGCACCAAGGAACAAACUUAUCGGGCCGUUCAGUGCGGUGUCCCGCAAGCGACAGAGUGUACCUCCGAAAAGAUAUAAUGACUACAAUACUUCAGCCUUGGACUCUGACGCUGAUUCCGACGAAAUGGAAGAGCUAAUCUACGAGCAGGCGGCAUCCAAAAUAACGAGCACUCCGAAUUCGAAAAUGCAAGGAACUGUAGCGAAACAAUCAUCGGCAGCGAACAAUCAGCUACCCAUUAUCAAACGGGUGAAUACUUCGACAGUUAAAACCUUGGAUAAUAACGUCACGGUAUCCGUUUACAGAAUUGAACAAAAUUCAACGGUUGCGGCGAACGAGAAGCCGAAUUAUGAAGAGACCAUUAAGAUCGAAGAGGCUAUAGCUGAGAAUCACAUAUGCGGAGUUUGCGGCGUCUCGUUUGACAGCCGCAAGGAUGUCGAGGCUCACGUACGCACUCACAGAACGACUAACGCGGAAAGUAACACAAUUACUGUGACACGGCAGGUUCAGAAGCAGAAGGUGAAGCGCUGCAAGAGGUGUCAGGUGUUAGUCGAUGCCCGCUUCGUGAAGGCUCACGUGUGCAAGACGCCAGCAGCGUCGUUACCGCACAAGUGUUACGUGUGCAACUUGACGUUCCGAACGGAGAAGCUUCUCAUGCGCCACUUGGAGAACCACGACCAGUCGGAAUUCAAAAUAGAGAACGUCACAAAACCCGAGAGCAAGAAGGUGACUACUAUAUCCGCGAAAUCGGACAAGGAACAGGACUCGAAGAGCGAGGUGUCAACAAAAUCGCAGAAUGUUUCAACGGAGAAGAAUGAGGUUCAGUCCGAUAAGACUAUCAAGACGAGUGCAAAACACAUAGACAAAACCCAGACGGUCGUGGAGAAGCCCAAAGAGACUUACACCUGCUUCGUGUGCGACAAGAUCUUUACAGACGAGGAAGUAUUGAAGGAUCACUUGCAGAAGCAUUGUGAUGAUUUGAGCGAGGGCGAACAGAGCAAUAGUAAAGAGCAAUAUCAGUGUGCUAUUUGCGGCGACACUCUCGAGUCGGAUGAAGCUUUGGAAGAGCACGUUGGAAAACAUUUGUUCGAUGACGAAGAUGACAAUCCUAAUCUGAUCAGCAUAGGAGAACAGGAGAACAAUCAGUCGAAGGUCCACCGAUGCGCUCAAUGCUCGAUGACAUUCGACUCGAAAGUCCUACUGGAGAUACACGUGCAGGCACACGAGGAGGAAGUCGCGAUAGCGGAAUGGCAAAAGAAGGAAAAGGAUGUUUACCAGUAUGAGUGUAUGCUUUGUGACGAGCGCAUUGCUACGGAGGAGCAACUGGUCCAACAUUUGUACGCGAUACAUAACAUAUGCAAUUCUAACGCGCAAAUAUGUCGAUUAUGCGAGCAAACCUUUGACACCCUUGAGGAACUGCAGGACCACGUAGCGACCCAGAGAUGUAUGAUUCUACUGUGAGCUUUUCAUUUCAUAUAGUUUUGUAUAGGAGAGGGAUAAAAAAAAAACAAUAUUUUUGAGCACAUGACGAUGUUAAUUAUGAACUUAAUUAAAUUUAUAGCGAAUCUUUUUCUAAAUUUGUAAUUUAUAAUAAGAUCUGCUAAAAUAGCGAGGUAUAAGUGAAUUCGGUUUUUUCUACAAAAAGUCUACAGAUUAAAACGCUCAUAUGCGUUUCUAAAUAUUAAAAUAAUUUAUGAGAAAUAGAUUGAUCGAAAAAAAAGAAUUUAACUUUUUCACUGGCUUUUGCGAUAUUUAUAAAAAUAAAAUAUAACUUGUAAAAUAUAAAACAUACAUGUGGCAUGUAUCGUUGUGUUUCUCAAGUCUCCAAUUUGCAAAAAAAUAUAAAGAAUACACUGUUGUGUAGAAUAUCUGACAUAGCGCGUACAUCUGUUUGUGUGUAAUCUUUAAGCUGAACAAAAAAUCCUAUAUUAUUUUGCAAACAAUAAUAACUAUUAAGAUAUUAAUUAGAGAAUAUCAGUGAAUGAGAGUACAUGGAAAAUGAUAGAAUAAGUUCUAUGGGCAAAGUCUCAUUCAAAAUGUCGUAAUUGUCUGUUAACAAUCCUCUGAUAAUCAUUCGCCGAUAUUCUUUAAUUAAUAUCAUAAUAAUUAUCAUGGUUUGCAAAAUGGUGGGAUCUUUUUGUUCAGUUUGAAGAGUUACAUUUGCGUAUGAGCGGAUAUACAUGUUAUGUAUUCGACGACCUGUUUGACCUUCAUAUUUCAGAUAAUGAUAAAAAAAGCAUAUUUUUAUCCAUUUUAUGUUAUUUUAAACAUGCUAAAUAAACUUACGUUAAGUAUAUUAUUACUUUAAGUAUAUUAUAGAAAUUGAAACAGCUAUAAAAACAUUAGUAAUAAAUUUGUAUUGUGUGAAAUUAUACAAAUUUGCAAUAUAUAUAUAUAUACAUAUAUAUAUGUAUAUAAAUGUAGAAAGAGGAGAAAGAUAUUACACAGAAAGAACAUAAUUUUUAUGUAAGAUAGAUAUUCAUAUUACUUUGCUGAACAUAGUAUUGUUCUUACGUUUAUGCAAAAGAUUGACGCGAUUAAUAAAUGUAAAUAUAUAGAAUGUAGAUUGUUCAAGCUUUUCAUUAAAUAUUACAUCAGCAAUAUUUCGAUGAGAUAUAUCUAACUAGUGUGGAACAAAUUAGAUAUAUCACAUAUUAUACUAUUAUAUACUGCAUAUAUACUGCAUACUCGUAAAUAUGGAUGAUCUUAAUUGUAAAAAUCCAUACACUAGAUUUUUAUAAAUUUUUUCGAAGUUAGUACCUUUGGAACCCUAAAACAAACAUCUCGUGUACUAGAAAAUAAGUUGAUUUCUUGAAACAUAUAUAUGGUCAACAGAUAUUUCAAUUUAUGUGGAAAAGUUUAUUGAUAAUUCGAGUAUUAUAUAUUUUUCCACACGUUUGAGUAUUUUCAUUCACGUUGACAAAGAGAAAAAUGUUUUAGUGCUCCAAAAGAAAUGCGGAAAAUUCAUAGCUCUUAAAAAAAAAAUAUUAAAAUAUCUUAAACCAAGUACAUUACUGAUCACAAGUUUUUUGUUUUUAGUCUAAUCUCUAUAUCACUUGAAAUAUAAUUAUAAAACUACUUGCAAUGCUAUAUGCUUGAUAUACUUGAAGUUUGUUAAACGGAAGUUUGUUAAACGGAAGUUUGUUAAACGGAAGUAGAAAUAAUAGCGUUAUAUGUGGUUUAAAUAAAUAAUGGUUCAUAAAUUACUAUAUGUUAAGUGAGUUAUAAUUAUACUUCUUGAAUUAACGUCACCACAUAGUUGUUAGUAUAUAAUGAACAUGUAUAAAAUCCAGAUAAAGUUUUUCUUUGUGUAAAAUA